AACAAAAGAAAAACAAAGAAGAUUUCACUGUCCAAAUGGAUUCCAUGGGUAUAGAGUACAACGCCGGCGACGCAGCCAAGGAAAUCGUGGAUGAAAGCGAUGUCUCUCCCAUCGAACAAGUCCGCCUAACCGUACCCACCACUGAUGAUCCAACACUCCCAGUAUGGACGUUUCGAAUGUGGUUUUUGGGAAUCAUCUCCUGCGUUCUGCUUUCAUUUCUCAACACUUUCUUUGGAUACCACACGGAACCACUCGUAAUCACGAUGAUAUCAAUCCAGGUGGCCACGCUCCCCAUCGGAAAGUUCUUGGCAAAGGUGCUUCCCUCCACCAAGUUUCAUAUCCCCGGUACCACAUGGGAGUUUUCUCUAAACCCCGGCCCAUUUAACGUCAAAGAGCAUGUCUUGAUUUCAAUUUUUGCCAACACUGGAGCCGCUUUUGGCAGCGGUGCCGCUUAUGCCAUCGGCAUUGUGGAUAUUAUUUGGGUGUUCUACCACAGGAGGAUCACUUUCUUAGCUAGCUGGAUACUAGUCAUCACUACACAGGUUUUGGGGUAUGGAUGGGCAGGGAUUAUGAGAAAGUUUGUGGUGGAACCUGCCCAUAUGUGGUGGCCUAGUAGUCUGGUCCAAGUCUCCCUUUUUAGUGCAUUGCAUGAGAAAGACAACAGUCGGAUGUCCCGAGGGAAAUUCUUCUUGAUUGCACUUGUUUGCAGCUUUGCUUGGUAUGUCUUUCCAGGAUACCUCUUCAAAAUUCUAGCAACCAUUUCUUGGGUCUGCUGGGCAUUCCCCAAGUCAGUAGCUGCCCAUCAGAUUGGGUCAGGCAGGGACGGACUCGGCAUUGGAUCCUUUGCUCUGGACUGGUCAACCAUAGCCUCUUUCCUUGGCAGCCCUCUCAUCACCCCUUUCUUUGCCAUUGUCAACAUCAUUGCAGGAUAUAUCUUAACGCUCUAUGUCGUCAUUCCCAUUGCUUACUACGGACUAAAUGUCUACAGUGCCCACAAAUUCCCCAUAUUUUCUUCGGAUUUGUUUAAUUCCAAGGGAGAAUUAUACAAUGUUUCAGCCAUUGUGAAUGACAAGUUUGAAAUAGACUUGCCUUCAUAUGAGCAGCAGGGGCUAAUGAACCUUAGUGUGUUCUUCUCACUCACAUAUGGAAUUGGCUUCGCUGCUGUUAUAUCCACCUUGACUCAUGUUGCCUUCUUUAAUGGAAAGGAGAUACUUAGCCAAUUUCGAUCUUCUUACAAAGCAAAUAAAGUAGAUAUCCAUACAAAGUUGAUGAGAAAGUAUAAGGACAUACCCAAUUGGUGGUUUCAUCUGAUGCUUGGGGCGUCUUUGCUACUAUCCCUUGUCCUGUGCAUCUUUAUGAAAGAUCAAGUUCAACUACCUUGGUGGGGUGUCCUUUUUGCAGCUGGUCUUGCAUUAACUUUUACACUUCCUAUUAGCAUCAUAACUGCCACUACAAAUCAGACACCUGGACUUAAUGUAAUCACAGAGUAUGUCAUGGGUAUCAUACUACCAGGAAGACCGAUAGCCAAUGUCUGCUUCAAGACUUAUGGGUAUAUAAGUAUGGCACAGGCAAUUUCUUUCCUUAAUGAUUUCAAGCUGGGCCAUUACAUGAAAAUUCCACCAAGAUCAAUGUUUGUAGUACAGAAAUGGCCUGUCCUUGAUGUUUACACAAAUGCAUGGACCAUAAUAGCUGGGACGGUUAAUCUGUCAGUGGCAUGGUGGUUGUUGCAUACUGUUGAGAAUAUAUGCCAACGUGAUUUGCUCCCUCCCAGCAGUCCCUGGCAAUGUCCCAGUGACCGAGUCUUCUAUGAUGCAUCUGUUCUUUGGGGCCUGAUUGGACCAAAAAGAAUCUUUGGCACUCUUGGAAAUUACUCUGCACUCAAUUGGUUCUUCCUUGGAGGUUUAUUGGGACCCAUUAUCGUAUGGUUAUUGCAUAAAGCUUUUCCCAACCAGAAAUGGAUUCCACUGAUCAACCUUCCUGUGGUUCUUGGAGCAACGGCAAUGAUGCCUCCAGCAUCAUCUGUGAACUUCAAUGGCUGGAUUGUUGUUGGAAUCAUCUUCAAUUAUUAUGUUUUUAAGUACAAAAAGAGUUGGUGGCAGCGAUACAACUAUGUUCUUUCGGCUGCUCUUGAUGCAGGGUUGGCUUUCAUGGCAGUGCUCCUAUACUUCACAUUGGACAUGAAUGGGGUACAACUAUCCUGGUGGGGAAAUGAUGGCGAGCACUGUGAUCUAGCCACUUGUCCUUCUGCCAAAGGUAUAAUUGUUGAUGGCUGUCCUGUUUACUCCUAGAUUCGUUUUAAUAAUUCUAUCUAGAACUUUUCGGAUUUUGGCAUUUUUCAGUUUAAUAGUUUAUCAUCAAGAAGCAAUAAACUACAUUGUAAAUC